AUGUCAGCAGCACUUACAGAGACGUUUAGAAAGGCGAAGGCAGAGCAAAAACCUGCGUUUGUGGCCUUUGUCACCGCUGGAUUCCCUGAAGCUGAAGAUACUGUAGAUGUCUUGCUGGCUCUGCAACAAGGAGGAGCUGAUAUCAUUGAGCUGGGUGUGCCAUUCUCAGAUCCAAUAGCUGAUGGUCCAACAAUUCAAGACUCUGGGCAUAGAGCAUUAAUGAAUGGAACCGAUCUCGAGAAAUGUAUAGCAUACACUGGUGAAGCUCGCUCCAAAGGCCUAACAGUGCCUGUCAUACUUAUGGGAUACUACAACCCAUUUUUGAAUUACGGAGAAGCAAAACUAUUGGAUGAUUGUAAAAAUGUUGGAAUUUCUGGAUUUAUUGUUGUUGAUUUACCGCCUGAAGAGUCUGUUCGUUUCAGGGAUUUAUGUGUGGAGAAGGGACUAAGUUACGUUCCAAUGAUUGCCCCAUCAACUACCGAAGCCAGAAUACAAUCCCUCGCAUCAGUCGCUGACGCAUUCAUUUAUGUGGUAUCUACAAUGGGCGUGACAGGUGCAAGAUCUCAAGUCAAUGUCGAACUACCAAACAUCUUGGCUCGUAUUCGGAAAUACACUAAUGUGCCAUUAGCUGUUGGAUUUGGUGUUGCUACAAGAGAACAAUUUGAAUCCGUCGCCUUACAUGCUGAUGGCGUUGUUAUUGGAUCGCAGAUUAUUACUACGCUUGACAAGGCUGGCAAGAGCGAGAGGGCUCAGAAAGUGAAAGAAUAUGCUCAAUAUGUGACUGGUUUCAAUAGUACAAAACCUCAUGCCAAUGGAACAACCGCAACAGCAGUCACACCUUCAAUACCUUCGAGUAACGGACAUGUUACUGAACAUCAUGCCCUUCCCAAACACAUUCUUGACGAUCGAUUUGGACAAUUCGGUGGUCAGUAUGCACCUGAAUCAUUAGUGGAUUGUUUAGAUGAGAUUGAAAAGGCGUUUGUGCAAGCUAAAAGUGAUCCAGCAUUCUGGGAAGAGUUCAAGUCACAUUAUCAGUUUAUGGGACGACCAUCGUCAUUACAUGUUGCAGAGAGAAUGACCAAAGAAGCCGGUGGUGCACGAAUCUGGCUGAAACGUGAAGACUUGAACCACACAGGUUCCCACAAAAUCAACAAUGCAUUAGGGCAAGUCCUAUUAGCCCGUCGCUUAGGCAAAAAGCGUAUCAUUGCAGAAACAGGAGCAGGACAACACGGGGUAGCGACCGCCACAGUCUGUGCCAAAUUCGGAAUGGAGUGUAUCAUAUACAUGGGAUCAGAAGAUGUACGAAGACAAGCACUUAACGUCUUCCGUAUUCGUUUAUUGGGUGCUAGGGUCGUUGCCGUUGAUUCUGGAUCAAAAACAUUAAAAGAUGCUAUAAACCAAGCCAUGAGAGAUUGGGUGACGAAUGUUGAUACUACUCAUUAUAUUAUCGGAUCUGCUAUUGGACCACAUCCGUUCCCAUUGAUGGUACGAGAGUUCCAGUCCGUUAUUGGACGGGAAACUCGUGAGCAAUUGAUGGCUACUAUUGGGAAAUUGCCUGAUGCUGUUGUUGCUUGUGUGGGUGGUGGAUCAAAUGCGAUUGGCAUGUUCCAUCCCUUUGUGGAGGACAAGUCUGUGCGUAUUGUUGGUGUUGAAGCUGCUGGUGAUGGUGUUGAAACUGGACGACACUCUGCAACAUUGAGUGCUGGUCGUCCUGGUGUGUUACAUGGUACGAGAACAUAUCUCAUGCAAGAUGAACAUGGUCAGAUUAUUGAAACACAUAGUAUCAGUGCUGGUCUCGAUUACCCAGGUGUAGGACCUGAACACGCUUGGAUGAAGGAUACAGGACGUGCUGAAUACGUUGCAGUGACUGACAAAGAAUCCAUGAUUGGUUUCCGCAAGAUGUGUGAAUUAGAAGGUAUCAUUCCAGCAUUAGAAACCGCACAUGCCAUCUAUCAUAUCAUGAAACUAGCUGCCACAUUACCAGCAAACCAAGAUAUCGUCUUGUGUUUGAGUGGUCGUGGUGACAAGGAUGUCGUGUCUGUAGCUGAAAAUCUACCUAAAUUUGGAGAAGCUAUUGGAUGGGAUUUACGUUUUGAGGGCUCUAUUAUGAGUGCUAUGCCUAGUAGCAGUCAUUAA